AUGGCAUCCAAACCCAUCAUCCAGGGCCAGGAGUUUCCCGUUGUGACGCCGACGUCGAUCAAAGACAUCGACGAGAUUCCGGUCACAGUUGAUGAGGACCGUGUGCGCGUGUUGCCGGGAGCUCAGAAGAAUGCUGCGUCGUUUCAAUUCGAUGGCGAGGACCACACGCUGGGCAAUGCGCUGCGGUAUAUCAUUAUGAAGAAUCCUGAUGUAGAGUUCUGCGGCUACUCGAUUCCGCAUCCGUCCGAGGCGAAGAUGAAUAUCCGCAUUCAAAGCUACGACGACGUGGACGUCUGUGACAUUCUGGAGAAGGGCCUGCAGGAUCUCAUGGAUAUGUGCGAUGUAGUCACGGAGAAAUUCACCAUUGCCAGAGAGGAGUUCCGCAGCAACCAGAUGCAGUCGUAA